AAGGACUCGAGCUGCACCCUACGUCACACCAUCCAGGGGACAACAUUGCCGGGCACAGGCGCUGAAAUUCCCAGGAACGCAAAGAAGGUGAGAAAUUCUCAGGUCUGAAUCACCCAUUAUGAGACCCUCAACCCCACCAAUCAUCCUUCCAACCACAGCCAUCCAUGCUCCUGGGACCAACCAGAGCGGGGCUGUGGGACAACCCGAGCCAUCCUACGCUGUCCUCAAGUUCAUGGAGAGCUUCUGCCUGCUGAGUGCUGCCUGUGGGAUGGUGGGGAACGGCCUGGUCCUGUGGUACCUGGGCUUCCGCAUCCGCAGGAACCACUUCACCGUCUAUAUCCUGAACCUGGCGGCUGCUGACUUCGGGUACCUGCUGUGCAUCGCCGUGGAGACCGUGCAGUACCUGAUGCAGUUCAACGUGGGCGUGCAGUUCGGGAUAUUCCUCUUCCUGGAUCUCUUCAUGUACGGCACGGGCCUGUACCUGCUGACGGCCAUCAGCAUGGAGCGCUGCCUGUCCGUGCUGUCCCCCAUCUGGUGCCGGACGCACCGCCCGAAGCACCUGUCUGCCGUGGUGUCCGGCCUGCUCUGGGCCCUGUCCCUGCUCCUGAACACUCUGGGAUAUGUUCUGUGCACCGUUCGCCCCUCUCGCAGGGUCUGCCAGCGCCUGCUCAUCGCCAUCGGAGCCUUGGACUUCCUCGUCUGCGCGCCCCUCAUGCUGCUCUUCAGCCUCACCCUCUUCCUGCGGGUCAAGUGCAGCUCCCAGCCCUUCCAAACAGGCCGGCUCUUCACCGUCAUCAUGCUCACCAUCCUCCUCUUCCUCAUUUUUGCCGUGCCCCUCAGUGUCCUCAUCCUCCUGGACUUCCUGGGCCUCAAGUUCCUGUAUUCCCCAGAGAUUGGCUUUGUGCUGUCCUGCGUCAACAGCACCCUCAACCCUGUCAUUUACUUCCUGGUGGGAAGCUACAGGGAUCGCAAAUUCAGGCUCACCCUCAGGCUGGCAUUCCAGAGGGCCUUCCAAGACUCAGCAGAUGACAGAGAUGAGCGGGAAACGCGGGACACGAUAACCAUGUCCUCCUAAAAUCCUGCCUGGAAUGUCUCGGCAGAACUGAGGAACUCUGAGGUACUGAGGGAAGUUCACCUCACCUGACCCUCAGUACCCUCUUUGUAGAUAUUUUAGGUCAUUAUUUUAAGUUCCCAUUCUCUUAAGACCCUCUUUGGGUUAUUAUUUCAAGUGUCCCAUAUGGCACAGAAGCAGCUGAACCAUAGGAUUUACCUGACCUGUAUUUAGGACACAUUAAAAUUUCCUGUUUCUUUCCAAUGACUACUACAUAAUAUUAAUUUGAUAAGGCUGAAAUGUCUUGGUGUCUGAAUUUCAUCAAAGAAAUCCUGCUCAGGAUAAAUCCUUGUUAUUAAUAAACUCAUAAAUUCUGUGUUGCUUUUCA